UUCUAUAAAUACAGGAACAGUGGUAACCUAAUUGUAACUGAUACUGAACUGUAUAUAUAGUUUUAUUAUCUCUUAUAAGCAUUCUGGUACAUAUUUCCGAUUGGGGUAAUUAAUGAAACAGGAAAUGCUAAAUGUGAAAACUGAUCUAUUAUUUCAAUGAGUUGUACAUGGCAUAUGGGGUUGUUUUAAAAGUGAUCUUUGCAAGAGUGAAAAAAAUUGGACAAGGUGACCCAAGAGAAGCACCAUACAAAUGGCCAGGAUUUAAUACUAAAUGAAAACAUCAAUUGAAUAUUGAUUAACUGCCUUGAAACAGGUGGAGUCUUUUCAGUUUCACCAGGAGGAUAUUCUGAUUUAGGCAGUGAUUAAAAAUAGUCUUGAGAAAUGUCCAACAAUGAGAUAGAGGAUAAAACCAAGAAAAAGACAAACUAGAAUGGGGUUAUAUACUGUUCAUAAAAUUCAUACCAAGAGAUUAAGAUUGGAAAAAGUAUGUUGUAAAAGAGAGAUAACUGUCUUUAAAAGACAAAGCAUAGAAUUACAGUUUGACGGAAUAAUAAAUAGAUCUGGAGCAAAUUUAACUGAUGUGCAAUGGCUGAAAGGCAGAAAGCUGAUAUUGAAAUAAAUAAACUAAAGUUAUCUGCUAGAAAAAGGAAGGCAGUGGAAACAACAAACAAUGCUGAAUUAUCUCUUGCUAAAAGUCCAAAAGAAAACAAAAUAAAUAAUCUUGAAAUAUACCUGGACGAUGUAUAUAGAAAGGAAUGUGUGUUCAAUGGAGAAAAAGAGGAAGUUGAGUUUAUAAAGACAGGAAUAGAAACACUUGUACAGAAGAUAGUUAAUCUGGUACUACAAAAUUUCUCUAUAACUGAAUCUGGAGAAGAAUACCUCAAGAGACUGAAAGAAAAUUUAAUAGAAGUUUAUUUCCCCCUAAAGAAUAAACAAGUAAAAGCUGCAGAAAGUAGCAUUAUCAAGGUGGGAAGCUUCUAUGAAGAAACAAAAAACAAUUUUCCAGAUGAAUUUGAUUUCAUUUUUCUUCUUUUAUGUGUAAAAAAUUGGUAUUUUCAGUUUCCACUUACAGGUGAUGCACUAUUCACUGUACCUGAACGUAUAAAUACUGUAACAACAGAUCAUAAAGAGUCCUUAAAGUAUGUUCGUUCUAAUGGAAUACUGAAUGUAACAAGAUCAAUUCACUUCGAUAAGUAUGUGCGGAAACAUGGUCCAGCAUCUAUGUUACGAUUUAUUUACAAGAAUAGAUCAGGUGAAGAAAAAUAUAUUCAUGUUGAUCUUUCUCCUGGACAGAAAGUUUUUAAAGGUGCUCAAAGAGGUUGGCUUUUAUGGUAUUCCGGUGAGGAUUUCAACCCAAAGUUCAAGUCACUCUGUACAGAGGUUGUGUCAUCUAAGAACAUUUUACUUGUAGAUACCAUACCUUCAGUUACUGAGAUUGAGGUACAUUUUAUGAGAAACAUUUUAUCUAAGAAACAUGUGAAAGUAUACAGAAUACUGAAGUUUCUCAUACAUGGACAUGGUGAUGGUGAGAUAUUGGAGCUGUACUUUCAGACAGAAGGACAUUCAUAUAAGAAAGGUUACUCAUCAUACCUGAUAACAAGAGCUGUCGGAGGACAGCAACGCUCGAUUAUUCAACAGCCUUGUCAAUUGAAUGAAUACAAAAGUUGAAAAAGGGGCAUAAUUUUGUAAAAUGCAAAGUAGAGGUAUUGAACCUCUGUACUGCAUGUCAUAUCAUGACAGUGAACAAGUGUGUGAAGUUUCAAUCCUUUCCAAUUUGUGGAUACUGAGAUACCAGCUUACAUACAAAAACUGCUAAGUCAAAGGGGCAUAAUUUUGUAAAAAUGCCAAGUAGAGUUAUGGGACCUUCACAGUGCAUGUUAGAUCAUGACAGUGAACAAGUGUGUGAAGUUUCAAUCCAUUCUAAUUAGUGGAUACUGAGAUAUCAGAUUACAUACAAAAAUUUAACCAAAAACUGCUAAGUCGAAAAAGGGACAUAAUUUUGAAAAAAAAGAGAGCAGAGUUAUGGGACUUGCUUAGUGCAUGUCAGAUCAUGAUAGUGAACAAGUAUGUGAAGUUUCAAUCCAUUCCCAUUAGUAAGUACUGAGAUACCAGCUUACAUACAAAACCUUAACCAAAAAUUUCUAAGUCGAAAAAGGGGCAUAAUUUUGUAAAAAAGCAAAAUAGAGUUAUUGAACCUGUGCAAUGUAGAUCAGUUCAUCACAGUGAAUAAGUGUGUGAAGUUUCAAUCCAUUCCCACAAGUGGUUACUGAGAUACUAGCUUACAUACAAAACCUUAACCAAAAAUUUCUUAGUCGAAAAAGGGGCAUAAUUUUGUAAAAAAGCAAAAUAGAGUUAUGGAACCUGUGCCAUGUAAGUCAGUUUGUCACAGUGAAUAAGUGUGUGAAGUUUCAAUCCAUUCCCACAAGUGGUUACUGAGAUACCAGCUUACAUACAAAACCUUAACCAAAAUCGGGACGCGGACGCGGACGCAGACGCCGACGCCGACGCAUGGGCGAGUGCAAUAGCUCACUAUUCUAUGAAUAGUCGAGCUAAAAACCAUGAUGUUCCAUCAUCAUGAUGAAUGUAGAAACCCUCAUGAAGAAACAAUAGGAGAUUGUGUCAUACAGAUACUAGAGGAAAUGUGUAAAUACAGUAAUACUUCUGAAUUUCCUAGAUUUAUUUCAAUAUUUAUACUGUUAUCAACUAAUCCAUUUGCAUUAUUACAAAAUACCAAAUACCUUUUAGAAAGACUUAAAUCCAUCCAGACUUCAGAAGACAGUUAUGAUUACAAGAGGAUCAAAAUGAAGUCUGUAUCGAAACAUUAUCUAGAUGCUUUAGAAAAAGAUGAUCCAAGUAAUGUGGAGUGGUUCAGAUAUCUCAACACUUUAAGUGGAGCUGAUCCAAGUUAUGAAAGUUUCUUUAGGAAAAGACAAUGAGAAAUAUGA